CAUACACAAGUCUUGAUCUUUCAUAUCAAACAUCUUUCCGAGAUUCCCAACUAUUUAUCAUCGGGUUUCGUGCUUUUUGAGUCGGUUUUUCGACUACUUUCCAUUCGGGUUUUUUCCGGAUAGUUUCGAGGUCAAGAAAUGGAUGCCGUAAUGAGAUUGACGACAGACAAACCAGUGGUGAUAUUCAGCAAAAGCUCUUGUUGUAUGUGUCACUCCAUAAAAACACUUCUAUGCAGUUUUGGUGCAAACCCUACAGUUUAUGAACUUGAUGAACUUCCCGAUGGACAGCAACUAGAAACAGCACUGCAGACAUCAGGACGAAGGCCAACUGUACCAACUGUGUUCGUUGGACAGGAGUUGACUGGAGGGGCCAAUGAGAUUAUGAGUCUUCAUGUUAAGGGCAAACUAGUCCCCUUGCUCAAGAAGGCUAAAGCUAUAUGGAUUUAGCCUCUUCAUUGUUAGCAGUUGUUACCUAUUCGUAUGGAGAAAGAGACGAGUAAUUUUAAGUGGAAAUCAUUACGUAACAGCAGACGAGACGAGACAAGACGAGACGCGAUGCGACGAGAAGGGAAAAGUUACUUUUAGUAGUUAUUGAGCAUCUUUUUGUGUAUCAUGCUCAAAUGACUACUGUAUGUUUAACCUUCCAUUAUGUAUCUUUUUCUCAUUUUAACUAAGUAAUGUGACAGUUUAGUACUUA